CGAAACACUUGACACUUCGUAGUACUCGAAACCGACUAAAAUGUAACAAUUUACCAUUUUCUUCUAUUAAACGUGUAGUGAUCAUAGUCGAAAAUCGUGUAUUGACAUGCAACGAGUUAAAAAGUGGGAAGCUUGGAGGAGAACCACUGUGGUUUGCCCGUUUUUUUUCGAUUUUUGAGUGCUUCUCAGGAAUUUGUGGCUUAAAAUUCUUAAGAGAGGCAGAAUAUGUCUUACGCUGGCUAUGGCUCGACUGUAAACAACAGGAACGAAAAUGGUUAUAGCUGGUAUGAAUGCAACUGUUGCCCCUAUGGGUACCACAUUGACCUCGACUUCGUGCAGUACUGCGAGUCGAUCGGACAUGAAGCCGAUAAUCGUACAGGGUCGAUCAAAAGAAGGAAAGACAGGAGGAGACAAAGACAGUCUAUGGAAGUACUUUUGGGGCUCACACCACCUGUCCUAGCGGCUUUAGAACAAAGUUAUAAGCCUAUUCAAGAACAGUCUUCACCUAAUCUUGAAACCAAACAACCGCCUCCAAAUUUUCCCUUUUCAACGGACAGUUUCGCAGAUGCAAUUUCCGACUUCGAGCGCACUUUGCAAAGAUCUAAAAACAAAUUAUCGAACAAUCUUCCAGAUGUUACCGCCGUUUCAGACAACAUACGAAGGGUGCCUUCGGUUUCGUCCAUGUCUUCCACGUCUGGGUCUAGUAUGACGGUGCUUCCCACCGCCCAGGAUGGGACUAGCAGAAAUGAUUUUGACACUGCAAGCAUCGAGUCUUGCUUCCUUAGUCCUACGGCACUUCAAAAUAUCAGGGAACAAAUGGCACUAAGUCUGGAACGGACUAGACUUUUAGAAGAACAAGUCAGACUGUUGCCGGAGCUAAAGGAACAGUUAUCUACAUUAAAAGAAGAAAAUAAACGCUUGGUAACGCGUUUAAAAACCGAAGAAACCGCAAGACUAAACAAAGUUAAUACAAAUUACCUUCUACCCCAGUACAACCGCCAAAGAUCGCAAUCUUUCACACACGUUGACAGUCUAGACAGCCUUGUAAAGAAAGAACCUCCUCCCCCACCCCCAAGGAAAGACUUUGGGGUUAUGUGUGGCGUUCUCACAAGAAAUAUCGGGGUGGGUCAUCAAAACCCUAACACAAAAAGUGUCUCAACUGCUACACUAGAAAACGAGUUUGCUGACAAAUGGUUACAAGAAAAAGUAAAAUUUUUGAAUAGUCAGAAUCUGAUGAAUACUUAUUCUAGUAAGAAACUGACUUUUGAUAAAAUAACUCAAACCUUUGGAGGUGUUGAAACAAGAGAUGUAGGAAUUCAGUUAAAGAUAGAGAGGCAACAGCCACCAAAAAUGAACUGUUCUUCUCAGACUGUAGAAUUGAAGAAAAGCAUGAACCACGUAUCCACGUUAGCUGUGCCAAGGGUGUCAGACUUUUCUGCACAAAAAUACGUUGAAUGCUACUCAGUAGGUUGUGGAGAUGACACAAUAGAUGACAUUAUAUGCGAAAAAUGCAACGCAUUUAAGAGAUCUGUGGCAGUGGGCCCUGAAACAAAUGAAGACACCCACACUUCUCCAAUAUCACUUGCUUCCUUGUCAUCUAGAAGCAAGUCUUUCAACUUAGGAGACGAUAGGUUGAAUCUGACUACAAGAACUCGAACUAUUGGUAUGCAGUAUGAACCAAAUAAUGUUAGCAGAGCCUGUCAGUCUGAUGUUAGGGUUAAAAUGUCUACUAAAGCUUGCCAACACGAGUUAAAAGUGUCGGAGAAAAACACACAGUAUGAAAACCGAUCAGUUUCCAAGAUCACCGACACGCUAGAUCUGAUUAUGGCAAAACGUCACGUGUCUUGCGAGGCAAGGGAAAUUAAACCUAGUUUUAGUGAUGUAGGUUGCAACACCAUAUCGGAGUUGGCGAUGGUCUGCGUGAAAUGUGAAAAGGAAAAAGAUGAGGUUAAGGACUCUGUAAAAAAAGAGGGGGGUAGUCCGACGCCAUCUAGGAUUCCUAGACCGCAAAUACCGACGACACCUGUAGAAAACAGAAAGUUUAGGAGGCAAGAUACUUACACGAAGAUUUAUUCGUCCUCUACAGAGAAAAUAUCUAUUUCACCAACUACAGGAUUGUCAGGAUUAGAUUUAUCCCCUAAAGCCUUAAGCGGGGAGACCAGCCCACUAGAAAAAGUGAAGCAAAAUUUCAAAUUAGGCGAAAUAUCAAGUUCACCAUCACUUUCUCAGAAUGGUGCUAACACAACCUCCAUAUCCAAAGUCCAUAUCCAGGAAUCUACACUGCCCACAUCUGAAUCUACUUUAUUCUCCUCGGUUGCGCAACAAAGUCAGAACAGGAAAAAGGCGGUGCCAAGUAAAGAAAUGCAGGGUGCCCUGAAAGUUCUCAAUGACUCAUUGCAAAAAAGUCCUUUAAAGAAUCUCAAAAACCACAGUGCUAUCAACAUUGUCCAACAAGAAUGGUUUAAAGUAUCAAGUCUGAUAACAGCAAAUCCAUUAGAUGUAGAAGAUUAUCUGGAUGCUUUUGAAGACAUGUCAAGCCUACUCAUAGAGUACAUUGUAAAUAUGAGUGAUUCAAGCGGUAACACUGCUAUGCACUAUGCUGUAUCACAUGGUAACUUUGAUGUUGUGUCUAUUUUAUUGGAUUCAAAAGUUUGUGAUAUCAAUAAACCGAACAAAGCUGGAUAUACAAGUGUCAUGUUAGUAUCUCUAGCUGAAGUAAGGUCACAAACACACGCAAACGUUGUUAGAAGACUUUUCCAAUUGGCCGAUGUUAACGUACGUGCCAAACAGCAUGGACAGACGGCCUUGAUGUUAGCAGUGAGCCAUGGCCGACUAGACAUGGUCAAGAUGCUGCUAGAAGCAGGUGCAGACAUAAAUAUUCAGGAUGAAGAUGGCAGUACUGCUCUCAUGUGUGCUGCAGAACAUGGUCACAUCGAAAUAGUCAAACACUUCCUUACCCAUCCGGACUGUGACUCAAACUUAACUGAUGUGGAUGGAAGUACAGCAUUAAAGAUUGCAAUGGAGGCAGGACACAGACAUAUCGGAGUACUUCUCUAUGCUCACAAACGUAACCAUCAAAAAGUUCCAGGGAACAAAUUGAAAAAGACGAAAUCUGGAAGUCCGAAAACUCCGUCAUCCCCUUUACCGAUUAGGAGUAGUCAUCGUGCCUUAACCGAUACAACUAAAUAGAUAGAAAUACUGAUUGUUAACUUUAUUAUUUAUUAUAAGUGUGUUUUGUUAAUUUGUUAUAAAGUAGCAACAUCCCUGAAUCGUGUGAAUCUAUACGUAGAUUUGUCCAUCUUAUAAACAUCUAUAUUCAUACUAUGCGUUUCAUAUUGUGUCAAAAAAGUACCAGUGAUGACACGGUAGCUAGUUUAAUAAGUAAGAUCAUUGGAAACAAAAUUUGAAAGUGUUCCUGAGGUUACAUUUAUAUGCAUUUAUUUGUUUUUAACCACAUCUGUUUUCUAUUUUAACACUUUUAUUGACAUAACCUUGUUCAUAGGGUCCAAAUUGUUGACUGUAACUGCCCAUUUUGAUAGAAGAAUUAAGAUAUCGAAAUUCUGACUUCACUUUAUAACAUUCCAUUUUAAUUUUAGUCAUAAAUAUGUAUUGUUUUUUUUUUGACUUUUGUACCUUAUAUAUGUAUAUUUGUAUUUAAUUA